AUGGGUCAAAGAACGUGCAUAAGGGAUCUAACUUCAAUGCUUGGCCUUGGUUCAACAACGGUGUGGAGAAUGAUUCAACGAGGUCUUAUCAAAGCUCAUACGAACCCGUUACGUCCGGGUUUGAUAGAGAAAAACAAAAUCGAAAGAAUGAAGUGGGUGUUGAGCUUAUUAAUAGGGGACUCGGCUCACACAAAAAGCAAAUUCUAUCCCAUGUAUAACUUUGUGGUGUUAGAUGAGAAGUGGAUCAACCAAACAAGAAAAUCACAGAAAUAUUAUUUGGGUGCAAAUGAGGUUCCACAAUACAGAUCAGCAAGUUCAAGCACUAACAUUAAGAAGGUUAUGUUUACUGGCGUUGUAGCAAGACCUAGAUAUGAUGAAGAAGGGACAUGCGUGUUUGAUGGAAAAAUUGGGAUUUUCCCAUUUACAUAUCAAGAACCAGCUAAGCGAGCAUCAAAGAAUAGAGAAAGGGGUACUAUGGUCACAAAAAUAAUCUCAAGUAUCAAUAGAGAAGUCACUCGAAACAUGAUGAUUCAUCAAAUAAUUCCAUCUAUAAAAGCAAAAUGGCUAGCAGAGGAGGGGACUACAACCAUUUACAUUCAACAAGACAAUGCAAAGGCUCACAAAAUCCAGAGCGACCCAAUUUAG